AUGCCCGUCUCUGGAGGUUCUUUCUCCUUGGGCCCCGCGUCGCCCAAUGCGGAUUUGGGUGGGGGAUCGGAUCACCAGCGUGGGGCCGUUGCUGGAGGCGGUGGAGGGGUUCCACUGGCGCGGCAUGUGAAGCGGAAGCUGGCGGGGUUGCUUGAUGGCUGGCGUCGCGUGAAGAGUUUUCGUCUUUUUCUCGAACCUGUAGAUGUUGAGCAGAUGGAAUGCCCCACUUACUACGAUGUCAUCAAACACCCAAUGGACCUGCGCACCAUGGAGGCCAAGCUGGAAAGGGACGAAUACAGAAGCGAAGAGGCCUUCAUUAGCGACUUGCUGCUCAUCUUCCGCAACUGCCGCACGUCAGUCGCUGCAACAACCCACCAUACUCCAGCAGCAAAAGCUGCUGCCACGGCAGCAGCUUGGCUGCAUCUGCUGGUGCAGUGGGACGUGCAGCAGCAGCAACAAGAAUAUAGAUUUAACGACGAGGCGACACCGUCUGGCCAAUUUGUGCUACGGCUUUGCGCGGAGGCAGAGUCGCGCAGCCUUGAGGACCUAAAGAAGGCAUACAGGGACUCCAAGCUUUGGGCUGCACUCGAGCACCAGUUUUCUCACGGAAAGCAGAAGGCAGGGGCGCGCCAGAAAGGCGGAGGGGCGUCGAAGCGCGCUGCUUCUGGAGGUCCCACGGCUUCCGACUGUGCGGCGCCCGCAGCCGUUGCAGGAGUAGCAGCAGCAGUAGGGGCUGUUGCUCCUGCUUUGGGCCGCCCAGGAGCAGCGGACCACAAUCUUCCCCCUCUCAGCUAUGAUGUGGGGGGCAAAAACGCUGUAGGGGCCUCUCCAGGGAUGCCGUGUAUGAAUGGGCUCGUGUACACCGGCCCGGCUGCAGCAAAAGAGGACGCAGCAGCAACAGGAGGAGCAGCAGCAGACGCCGCUGUGCCCCAAACGGUUGAAAGGGUUCCAUCCUUAGGCGAAAUUGCCUCAGAAUCGACGCUGCAGCAGACAUCUACCUCGGGCCGCGCGGGUAUCUCUCCGCCCAACAACCCGCUGACCCCCGCAGCAUCAGGCAGUCACAGGGGUUCUUCGCAAACAAACUGGCAGGGGGAAGGGCAGGGCAUGCUGGAUAUGGACAACUGCCUGACGGGGAAGAGUUGGUACAUCUACUGCCGAGACAACAUUCUGAGGCCGCUCAAGGGAGACCGCUACGCCUAUCUUUUCCUCACGCCAGUGUUGGAUAGCCCCGAGCUGCCGGAUGCAGUGAAGACUUCUUAUAAGUCGGUCAUUGCUAGACCGAUGGACUACGGCACCAUCUGGACUAAACUGACUGCCAGGGAUUACCACCACCCGUUGGAGUUUUUCGAGGACAUGUUCCUGGUGUAUUCAAACUGCAUGGCGUUCAACCCCCCCAACGAUCAACAGUGCGGCUGGUUGCAUCGCGUGGGUGAGAAGAGCCGAGACAAAUUUGUAGAGAGGUACAGAAAGGACAUGUGGCGUCGCUGGGUGGUGCGCAUAUGGCGCGCCUUCGCACAGCACAAUGCAGCAGCAGCAGCAGCGCCUCCUCCCGUGCUGCAGCACGCCGAAGCAGCAAAGACAGCAGCAGCAGUAGAGUCAGAACCUGCUGUUGCUGCGGGACUGGCUGCAGCACGCGCCGAGCUUCUGGAGCGACGCCACCAUUCAGCAAUGCCUUUCUCGGUGCCCCCUCAGCAAGUGCAGCAGCAAACCGAUCUGAGUCCUCCUCCACUGCAGCACCCUCAGCUGAAGCACCCGCCGACGCAGCACCACCAGCGUGGCCUUGAGGAGCCUCAGGACUCCGCAGCGAUGGCAGCAAGCGCAGCGGCGGCAGCCAAGGAUCCCAAGUACAGGGCCCUUGUCGUUGACCUACUCGGGGAGGACGCGCUGGAAGAUGCAAGCAACAGCUCUAUUGAUAGGGGAGCCACAACUCAGGAGACACUGCAGCAGCAGCUUCAACAGCUGCAGCAGCAACAGCAGAUGCUCCAACAUGAGCAUUUGCAGCUGCAGCAGCAGCAGCUCGAGAUGCAAGAGAAAGAGCAGGCAUUGGCGCGUGCGUCAGCAACAGGGGAGGGCCCUGCCAAUUCCGACAGUGCUGCCAACGUAGGGGCUCUUAUAUCCACCCACCUGCAGCAACAAGAGCAGCAGCCGCUGCAAGUCAGUGACCUCAAUGCUGAGCAUGCUGCUGCUGCUGCUUCUCCGGAGUCGGCUGCUGCAGCUGCUGCUGGCGACGAUGCUCCGCUCGAGCAAAAGCAACGAGGGGACGCAACAGCAGCUGCGGCUGGCGAUGCCGCUGCAACGGCGGAGGGCAGAAAACAGAAGAGCAAGAAGCAAAAGCACCACAAAAAUGUGCAGCGAACCCAGCAGCAAAUGCUGCAGGAGGCACAGAUGCCGCAAGAGGCUACUGCAGGAUUACACCUGCCGAGCGCUGGUGUGUUGCAGACCUUCCACCUAGUUGACUCAACUGCUGCUCAGUGCUACCACACUGCAGAAGGAACAGAACCAGCAACAGCAGCAGCAGCACCACCAGCAGCGGCAGCCGCCCCCUUCGCUGCUCCAGUAGCGGGUCCACACGUGGAUGCUCCCGCUGUUCCUGCUGGGCCCGCUAUACUGUCUGCUGCCUUAACGGAUGCACCAUCGUUUCCUGCUGUUGUCUCGCCGCAGCACGAGGCGGCGGCAGCAGCAGCAUCAGAAACAGCAGCAGCACCUCCAGCAGCGGCAGCAGCGACGCCAGCAGGGGACGCAGCAGCGAGCUCUCUUCUGCCAGUCCCUUCCCUCGGGGAUUCUCCUCGGCUCUGUGACAUCAUUGAGGCCCCCCCAGCAGAGAUUCUAAAAGCCAUGGGGGUCAAGGAUAUGCCUGAUCUUCCCCCUGCUGCUCCUGCUCCUGUCUCUGCUGCCUCCGGUGCUGCCCCGCUGGCUGCUGCUGAUGCAACUCUUUCGGGGCUUCCGCCUGCGGCCGAUCCCACUGCCGCAGUCUCUGCAACGUGGCUCUCAGGGGUGACCCGGUCUGCUGCUCAGCAGACUGCUGUUGUGGCAGCAUCUCCAGCAACAACAGCAGCGGCAGCAGAAGUGACAUGCCAUGUUGGUGUGGAACCACACCUGCUACCACCAGCCAUGGCUGGAGCGAUUGGCGGAGCUCUACAAAUGCAGCGCCCAGCAAGUUUGCAUGACCUGCAGCAGCAGCAGCAGCUGCUGCAGUUGCAGCAGCAUCAACAGCAGCCAGCCCGAGAGGACUUGCUUCCCCCGAAGCUUCGCAUAGUGCUGGAAUCGACGCGGAGGAAGGGACCGCCCCCUAGACUUUUGCUGCUGCCUUGGAAGGGCAGGGGCAACGGCCCCAUCCCCGAAGGCUAUGCGCGGCCGCGACACAGUGCAUCCUCGGGAUCCGAAGCUGCUGUUGUUGCCGGUCCUGCUGCUGCUGCUGCUGCUGCUGGUGCCUCGGGUGAAUCGACAGGAGCGGAUCCUGUACCAGCGACUGAUGCUUCCGACCGUAGUGUGAAGAGAGAAACAACGCAGGCAGACGGUGUGGCAGCUUCCGCUGAGGCGGAGCCGCCAGCAGAAGAGGCACCACUGCCAGAGGCAGCGAAUGCUGCUGCUGCCGAGAAGGAGAGCAGAAGCGGAGAGCAACGCCGGAAGGUGUCCCUGCGGCUGCGGAGCACCAGCAGCAGGAAGCGCGCAGCAGAAGCAGGGAUCAAGGAGGUGCCUCGCAAUGUAUUUUUUGUUGAAGACAGCGACUUUCAGCCGCAGGAGACUCUGGAGCCCAUGCCAGUGGAUAGUGGCAGGGAGGCCGACACAGCAGCAACAGCAGGAGCAAAGCCGUCAGCAGCUGCAACAUCUGCAGCAACAUGGGACACAACACAGAUGAAAUCGAAUCUUGCGGAAGCGGCCGCAGCAGCAGCAGCAGCGGAGGCAGCAGCAGCUCGGAGCAGCAGCAUGGCGCACGUGCUGCGGCUGCUCUUGCGCGUCAGUGAACUCCCUGAGGGUGUGGAGAUAAGCAAAGUUCAAGUCGGAUUGCAGCAAUGCGGCUUCGUCCCCCAUGCACUGUCCCGUUGCUGCAGCAACCGGCGCAGCUGCACCAACAUCAGCGGCAGCAGCAUCAGCGACAGUGAAACCGGCAGAAGCAGCAGCGGUUGCGCUGAUGCAGAGCUGUGGUUGCAGCAGAAAUCUGCCCGCAUUCAGCCAAUGGGUCCCUUGACGGCGAUCCUAGGAGAUACGGCAGACUACAGCUGCCCUGUCUCCGUGUCGUUGCUUCGUUGUAUCAGGCUUAGCAGGGCUCGUACAGCUGUUGCUCCUGCAGUUCCGCUGCUGCUGCAUCUGAAGUUGCAGGGAUGCGAUGCAGCAGCUGCGGCGUUGGCGACAAAGGGAGAGUACCUGUUUUCACCGCAUUUCCAGCUAGCAGCAACGGGGGGUGACAGAACCCUCGGGCUAGGCGGUUUGACACCUCCUGCUGCAGCUACUGUUGCUCCUGCCGCUGCAUCUAUUGCAGGUUCUACGGGCGGUGCUACGCUCCCGCGCGGGUUCUGCUGCUGCGCAGAGCUGCAGCAGGAGGGGGCACAGAACCGAGGCUCUUUGUUGAAUGGACGAAGCCUUCCGAGGCGUCUCCUUGAAGAGGCGCAACAGAAGAAGCAAAAACGAGAGGGACAAACCAACGGCUGCUCGUCCGGGGGGCCCUGGGGUUCAGGCCCACAGAAGACGCUUGCAGACGGGUUAGACGGGGGCUUGCUGCAGUUAGUGCUGCGUGCUGCUGCGUCAGCGGGUUCAGGAGGUCCACAUGAUAGAAGCAGCAGCAGCAGCCACAAAGGCCAUGGUGGCACGAGCGAAGAAUGCUUGUCUGAGGGGCUCUGUUUCGUUGAGGACCUCAACUUGUGGGCUGCGGCGCUGCCUUCCGAACUGUUGCUGCCAGUGCAGCAGCAGCAGCAGCGACACCGCAUGUUGCGGUUGCCAGCAGUGGAUGUUUUGCUGCUGCACUCGGAGCCUCUGGGCCUGGUGACCUUUUCAAAGCCUCGUGUUUACAGCAGCAGCACAGCCUCUAGUACAGACAGAAGUGAUGCUGCUGCUGUAUGCUGUGCUGCUGAUGGACAGCGCUGCAGCGAGGAAGAGCUUCCGCUGCAGUUGAAGACCGAAGUGCCUUUACAAGCGGCGAACCGCCAGAAGAGGACCUCGGCCAACUGGGAUAAUGGGUGGACAGGCAGCAACAAUGGAGGCUGCUGUUGCUGCUGCUGCUUUCUAAUGGGUUCUGCAGUGCCGCCUGUUGUCGAGCCCCUGCAGGCAGCACUAUGCCUGGGGGGCAUAUUAGUGGAGCAGGUUCGAGGUUAG